GUAUGCAUGAUAAACACACCCUGUUUGUCCCGGCUGAAGACUUUCACCUCCAUCCAGACGCCGCCGCUGCUCCACGAGACGCCUUCACAUCACAGAACCAUGGAGACGCAGAACCAUCCCUGGGUUUCGCUGACGUCACCGUCGCUUGCCCAUGUCUGAAGAUGGACACACUGGAGUCGGAGCUGACCUGCCCAAUUUGUCUGGAGCUGUUUGAAGACCCUCUGCUGCUGCCCUGCGCCCACAGCCUGUGCUUUAACUGCGCCCAGCGCAUCCUGAUCACUCACUGCGCCUCAUCGCCAGAGCCCUCGCAUCCUGCCUCCGCCUUCCAGUGCCCGACCUGCCGCUAUGUCAUCACCCUCAGCCAGCGCGGCCUAGAGGGGCUCAAACGUAACGUGACCCUGCAGAACAUCAUCGACCGCUUCCAGAAGGCCUCCCUGAGUGGGCCAAACUCCCCGAGCGAAACCCGCCGCUGCAACCGGGACCGAGAGCGUGAAAGUUUGCCGUUUGGUAUAAGCGACGCUCCGACCAUGAGCGCGAGCGAGGCUGUCCAGUGCCAGUUCUGCGAUCAGGAUCCUCCUCAGGAUGCUGUCAAAACCUGCAUCACCUGCGAGGUGUCCUACUGCGAGGAAUGCCUGCGGGCCACGCACCCCAAUAAGAAACCCUUCACGGGUCACCGGCUGACCGAGCCGCUGCCGGACUCGCGGCUGCGGGGCCUGGCCUGCCCUGAGCACGCCGAAGAGAAGGUCAACAUGUACUGCAUGACAGACGAACUGCUGAUCUGCUCUCUGUGCAAGCUGGUGGGACGACACCGUGACCACCAGGUGGCUGCCCUUGGAGAGAGAUACGAGAAACUUAAGCAUGGACUGGAAUCGAACCUCAGCAGCCUGAUCAAGCGGAACAACGAGCUGGAGGGUCUGAUGGGGAAGCUGAUCCAAACCUGCCAGCAUGUAGAGAUGAACGCGUCUCGACAGGAGAACAAGCUGUUAGAAGAGUGUGACACACUGAUCGACAUCAUUCAGCAACGGAGGCAAAUCAUCGGGACCAAAAUAAAAGAGGGCAAGGUGGUGCGGCUCCGUAAGCUGGCGCAGCAGAUAUCCAGCUGUAAGCAGUGUAUCGAGAGAUCGUCCUCCCUCAUCACCCAGGCCGACCAGGCUCUUAAAGAAACGGACCACGCCCGCUUCCUCCAGACCGCCCGCAGCAUCUCAGAGAGAGUUUCAAUGGCAACGGCAUCCUCACAGAUCCUGAUCCCCGAGAUCAACGUGAACGACACGUUCGACACGUUCGCGCUGGACUUCAGCCGAGAGAAGAAGAUGCUGGAGGGCCUGGAUUACCUGACCGCUCCAAACCCACCGGCGAUCCGUGAGGAGCUCUGCACGGCGUCCCACGACACCAUCUCGGUCCACUGGACGGCGGAGGACGAGUUCAGCGUCGUCUCCUACGAACUCCAGUACACCAUCUUCACUGGGCAGACCAACGUCGUCAGUUUGUGUAACUCGGCCGACAGCUGGAUGCUGGUGCCCAACAUCAAGCAGAACCACUACACGGUGCACGGCCUGCAGAGCGGAACCAAAUACAUCUUCGUGGUGAAGGCCAUGAACCACGCUGGCAGCCGCAGCAGCGAGCCGGCCAAGCUGAAGACCAACAGUCAGCCGUUUAAGCUGGACCCAAAGUCGGCUCACAAGAAGCUGAAGGUCUCCCACGACAACCUGACCGUGGAGAGGGACGAGACGUCCUCGAAGAAGAGCCACUCUCAGGACCGCUUCGGCAGCACGGGAAGCUACGGCGUCACCGGGAACGUCUACAUCGACAGCGGACGCCACUACUGGGAGACUCUGAUCGGCGGCAGCUCGUGGUUCGCCAUCGGCAUCGCCUACAAGUCGGCGCCCAAGCACGAGUGGAUUGGGAAGAACUCGUCCUCGUGGGUGCUGUGCCGCUGCAACAACUCGUGGGCGGUGCGGCACGGCGGGAAGGAGCUGCCCGUGGAUCCUUCGCCCCACAUGCGGCGCAUCGGCGUCCUGCUGGACUACGACCUGGGCUCACUGGCGUUUUACGACGCGGCGGGAACGCAGCACCUCCACACCUUCGACAUCGCCUUCUCCCAGCCCGUCUGCCCCGUGUUCAACGUCUGGAACAAGUGUUUGACCGUCCUCACGGGUCUGCCCAUACCGGACCACUUGGAGACGAACGAUCCGCGGGCCUAGGGGGCGUCGGUUAGCCUCGGACUCGUUUCGCAGCCGUUGACUUUUCUUGAGAGACGUAUUUAAGGUCAAUGCUGACCAAUGGUGUCGUCUUUCUCUUUGCACGUUAGCUCACUUUAUUCAGCCCUACGUUCCAGGAGACGAUGUGUGCAGACAGUACAGCAGAUACUCGACCCUCAGCUGCGUUUAGUUGGUUGUGAGACUGUUCGGGUUCUCCACUGCCAGACUUCCAUUCACUACUGGAAACAAAUCACUGUGGAUGAAUAUACACAAUUCACAGUGUUCAUUUCAGCACGGUCAGCAUGCUUCAGUUACUUUGCACUAGUUUCUGUUUUCCUUUAUAGACAGUAAAUCUGGGGCCGGAUUCACGAAAGUGUCCUAAGAAAGAAAAUCUUCUUAAAUGUGUGUUUUUUUCUUGACUUCAUUCUCAUGAAAAAAGUUACAAAAAAAUGUUAUUCUUCAAAUAACUUCUCAAGAAUUGUCUUAUUUUCUUUUCUUAACUAUUUUCUUAAGAAUAGUUUCGGGAACGAGUGUUAUGUUUGAAAAUAUUAUGUUCUUAAGUGUUUCCUUAACCUUAUGAUAGACUCACACUCAUCUCAGGCUGAGAGAGUUGACGAGGUAAACGUCUGAAUUUAUGAAUUUAUCGAUUCCUGCCCGUCCUCGUCUCUUGUUUUCCGCCAUCACCCCACAAUUACUGUAUUUUCUAAUGUCCUUUUGGCUGUUUCUUCCACCAUUACCUCUAGUUCUUGUUUACUAAAUUUUUUAAAUGCUUGGUUUGACGUUUUUCCUCCAUUUUGCUCCUCUGAGUUGAUUAAACUAAAUAACAGAAAUUAGCGUUAAUACAAAUUCAAAACGUAUCUUGUUUUUGGCACAUGGUAAAAUGCAACGUGGCCAACAUAAGAAAACAAUGAAGAUUUUAUUAAGAAAAUCAAGUGCAUUUCCAAAAAGGUUGGGACGGGGGCAACAGAAGGGUGGCAAAGUUGUGUAAUGCUACAAAACACCUGGUGGUUAAUAGGCAAUUGGCAAUUGUCAGUAGCAUGAUUGGGUAUAAAAGAGCAUCUCAGAGAGGCGAAGUCUUUCAGAAGUAAAGAUGAGGAGGGGUUCACCACUCUGUGAAAGACUGCACCAUCAA